AGGCGCUGGAAAGCGCGCGUGUGCGGCCGCGGGCCGGCGGGGGAGGCGCGUUGCUGCGGUACACAGCACACCUAGUAACGCCCUGCGCACCCGGCCGCGCGCGGCCGCUCUGCUCCGCGCCCCGGCCGGGCUCGCCCGAAAGCAUGCCCUUUUUUGCAGAUACUUUCCACCCGCCACAUCCGCCUGGCACCCCGGCAAUGCCAGGCUGUGGCACCCCACUGCCCUCUGCCACCGAUGGUGCCGCGUUGGCCGGUCUGGUGGGAGUCCGCCCCUUCCAGUUCCAGCCCCGGCGGGCCAGCGUGGACUGGCGGCGGUUCAGCGCCAUCGACGUGGAGCGCGUGGCCCGGGAGCUGGAUGUGGCCACGCUCCAGGAGCACAUUGCCGGCGUCACCUUCUGCAACCUGGACUCGGAGCGGUGCCCGUCCUGCGGGCAGCCCGUCGACCCCGUCCUGCUGAAGGUGCUCAAGAUGGCCCAGCUGAGCAUCGAGUACCUGCUGCACUGCCAGGAGAGCCUGAGCGCCGCGCUGACCCUGCAGGCUGGGCGCCUCCAGGCUGCCCUCGACGAGCUGACCCGUGCAAAGCAGGAGGCAGCGAGGCAGGCGGAGGAGCUCAGGGGGGUGAAGGAGGAGAGUAGGAGGCGCAAGAAGCUGAUCGCCACCCAGCAGCUCCUCUUGCAAGCUGGGGCUAACAGCUACCACAAGUGCCAGCUCUGCGAUAAAGCCUUCGUGAACUACUCCUUCCUCCAAGCCCAUGUUCAGCGCAGACACGCUGAAGCCAGUGAGGCUGAGAGGCAGCAGAAGAAGCAGGUGGAGCAAAUGGAGGAUGAGAUUCAGGAGCUGAAAGUGAAACUGAGGGAGACGCAGCAGCGCCUGGAAGCGGAGAGAGACGCGGAGAAACUGCGCCGGGAGCACGUACGGGAAACAGAGAAAGCUCGUCAGAGAGAAGAGGAGGGCAGAAGAGAUUUUGAAAGGUGGAAAGAGGAGGAGAGGACAAAGCUCCACCAAGAGCUGGAUGGCUUGAGGCAGCUGUUCCUCACCGAAUUCAAGGACAUCGCCAGCAGGAGCAGUGCCGUGGAAGGGAAACUGCAGGAGCUGCAGGCCAGAAACGUGACAGUGUCCAACCUGGGGACCCUGCAGGAUGAUGACUACAAGGAGAAGCAUCACUGGGCCGUGACCCAGGCAGAGCUACGGGACGUACGAGAGAAGAUGGACGUGCAGAGGGAUGAGUGGAAGCAGAAGCUGAAGGAGCUGCGGAGGGAACACCUGGCUCAGGAGGCCCAGCUGAAGAACGAGAACGAGAAGCUCCGUGCCACACUGUUCCAGGACCACCAGGCAGUUACAGACCACUUCCGUCAGGAAAUGGACACGCUCAGCGCCCGGCUUAGAGACCAGACUGAGGUCAUUAAGUCACAGGAGAAAAUGAUAAAGCUGCUGUCUGCAAGCAAACCUGAAGUGACCCGGGAAGCACCCAAAGUGGCGACUGCAAAAGAGUCAUCAGAAGAAGACACAGAGGAUAUCCUGCAUGGGAAGCAGAGGCUCCUGGAAGCUCUUCGGAGAAACCCCAACCUCCUGAAGCAGUUUCGGCCCAUCCUGGAGGAGAUGUUGGAGGAGAAGCUGGAGAGCAUGGGUGUGAGGAAGGUUGCCAAGGGGAUCUCAACUCAGACCUACAAAAACCUCCAAACUCUGGUCAGAAUUCAGCAGCAGCAGAAGGCUGAGAGGUUUCCAGAGCUCCUCCACUUGAGGGACAAGUUAAUCCGAGCAGUCAUGUGGAAAGUCAGGCAAAGUGAGAAGCCCAACGUUAAAAGCCAAAAGAGCCCCUGGCCACUUCGCUGGUCACCACCAUCUUCGCAGCCUGUGGUGAAGCUAGCUGCACUACAGCCUGGGGCCUCAGCAGCCCCCCGGCCGGCUCCUCGGAGCAGAGCCCGCACCCCCCACAGCUCUCCAGGGACACUCCCAAGGACCACCCAGACCCUUAAGGCCAGCAACCCAGCAAACCCUCACCUGGGACCUGUCCCACAGCCAAGCCCACGUGCCCGCUCAGAAGUGACACUGGGAUGGGAGCAGGCUGGCCUGUCCCCCACGAAGCUGAGACCUCCCACGAGCACGCAGAAAGAACAAAUGCCCUCAAAAAUGAUGCCAGAUGAUGACACCGAAUCUGAUGAGUCUGCCCUGGAUUCACCAGAGGAAACAGCUGGCCCAGGGACAACUGUGUCUGCCGUGGUGAAGGUCUUGGAGAGACGCCUGGACACAACAGCACGGAAACCAGCCGGGGGUGUGAAACUCUUCCCUGAGAGAAGCUCUGGGUCCCCCAAAGCCAGCCAGCCCACCAAGAAACUGCAGGUUGUGGAGGACAUCACUGACCUGGAUACAUCCUCCCUGGAGGACCUCGUGGCACCCCGGGAGCCGCCGGAGGGCCGGCGACGGCCGGCGGCGAGGCUCGGCUGCGAUUCGGCAGGUUCCCCCGUCACCAGCGCCUGGAGCUCGGGCAGUGCGGGGACCAGGGGUUGGUGAUUUCCACCCCCCCCGCCCCACUGGCAGGACUGCCCCAUUGCCCUGGGGAGCCUCGCUGCAAGGUGACACAGGAGGAGAAAUGACAGUCCUCCGCAGGAGCCAGCAGCCACUUGAUGGUGCCACAAGACCAGGAACAGGCAGCCACCGCUCGGCAGCCUCCGCCGGCUGCUGCCCGGGCUGCAGCAGUUUCUCUUUCCAGGUUGAAAGCAAAUUACCCCAAUAUUGGGGCUUCUCAAGAGACACAAGGUUUGCAUCCUCCCUGGCCAGGUGCUGUCGUUCCAACCAAGGGCUUUGUGACCAGGAGAGCAGCAGCGAUUUCUGCCUUCCCCUUGUGCACGUGUCUGCAUGAGUUAUAACACGGCACAGAGCCCGUCGUAGGGUGCCACGAGCCUGGAGAGCACCAGCAGCUCUCACUGGCUGUUGAGAUAGCUCUUGCUGUCCCUGUUCUCCACCGUGGUCACAGCCUGACCCUUGAAUGUGCCUAUUUCAUUUUUUUUAAACCGUCCAUCAAGCAGAGUCCUAUCCAAAAGCUGAUUAUUUGCCUGUUUGAUUAUAGGCAUCACAUCAGUCAGGUUCUACUUAUAGCAUUUAUCCAUAUAAAUGAAGUGCGUUUUCCUAAAUCUCUCUAUUUUUUACAUUUGUAGCUGUGCAUGAGACAAUCUGGAUCCUUACAGAGGCCAAAAGUUUGUAAGUUUGAAAAAUACAACGGUGCGAUUUUUUUUUUUUUCCUGACACUUCACAACCCACCCUAGCAUUGGCUAAAACUUCAUGUUUGUGGGGAAUUUAAUGUUACGGGCCAGAAAGGCCAGCCACUGCUGAGCAGAACAGCAAAGUGAAUUCAUUUCACUUCACUGAAUGGCCAAAGUGCCUUCCAGAUAGGUGACUGCAGAUACGCAUAAAUGUAUAUGCACACAUCCCUGUGUAUGUAUGCGUCCACGUGUGUGCUCUGUAUAUAUAGUAUGUCUCCAUAUACUGCAUACCUCGAAACUUUGAAAGGGAAUCUUUCCACUUCAGUCUUUCAGUUUUAAAUAAGAACUCUGACUGAUUUGUGUUAUUCAUUAAGUUUACAAUACAAUAUAAUU